AUGAAAUUCUUAUUCUUGGCCCUUGCUGUACUUUUGGUCCUGUUCCAGAUGUUCACAGUCUGCAGGGGCCGAAAAUCCUGCUGGACCAAAAAAAGACAGUGCAGGAAAGACUGCAAACAUGGUGAGCAGCUGAAGGUAUCAUGUAAAAAUGGUAACUAUUGCUGUAUUCCAAACAAGACAGAUUCUCAACCACACAGACCAACCCAAGGACUUACCAGCAAAACCCAAAACCUAGAUGACGAUAUUCAAGCAUAUAUCCCAGACAUCCCAAUAAUCAUCAGUGGUGCCAACAAGAAUUUAAAGUGA